AUGCCCAAAAAUACACUAUACGUAACAGGAUUCACCAGAGAGUCCAAGGCAGUUGAUCUAGCACCGGAAUUCGAGAAAUACGGUGACUUAGUAAGAUUAGAUAUCCCACCUCCAAGAACCGAUGACGGAGAGAAGUUUGCCUUUGUAGAAUACAAAGACUAUGAAGAUUCACAAAAAGCCCUCGAAUUAAAUGGUAAGACGUUGCCGUUCUCCAUUGGCAGUGGCUUGACAGUCCAAGAAGCAAGGAGCGACCCAUAUUCAACUAGAGGUGGUAGAGGAAGUAGGGGUGGAUUCAGAGGUAGAGGCUCAAGCAGGGGCCCUAGAGGAAGCAGAGGUGGCUAUGGUUACGGUGGUGGAUACGGUAGAGAUUACGAUCCUAGAGAUGAUUACGGCCCACCACCUCCAAGAGAUUACAGAGGAGGAAGAGGUGGUUACAGAGGGGGCUAUGAAGAUAGCUACGACAGAGGAUACGAUAACAGGGAUAGAGGUUACGACAGAGGAUACGACAGAGACAGAGAUUAUGAAAGAGGUGGAUACGAUGUCAGAGACAGAGGUUAUCCUCCAAGAGGAUCAGAGAAGGAUUACAGAUCUGGCGGUGAGCGUAGCUACAGAGAUGAUAGGGAUAGACCCACGCCAGAAGAAUCUAGUGGAGGUGAUAGUAAAGAUUAUGGUAGAGGCCGCUACUCUCGUUCACCCUCUAGGUCACCAGUAGGAGGAAGGGAUAGAUCCAGAUCUCCGGAGCGUUACUGA